AUGACUGUCAUAUCUAAUUUGAUGUUGGUAAUUGUUUUGCUGUGUGUUGUGUCUUUACAAGUUGCCAGCUCUAAACCUCAUUCACGCAUCAGAAAGGCUGUUGAUGGAAAAAAAGAUUGUUAUAAGAUUACAGAAGACAAGAUGGCGGAUUAUCAGAAUUGGAAUCUAACUUCUGAUAAAACCGAAGAUGAAUGCAAACAAAUGUGUGAGAACAAUACACAAUGUAUCACAUUUCUGUCCAAUAGAUAUUUGAUUGAAAAUGACAUGACAUUAUAUUGUGUUCUGUUCCCAGAACCACAUAUCUUUACGGCAGUAGAUAUAAGCUUGGAGGAGUGUAAAAAGAAAUGUACGGAGAUGAAAGAAUGUAAAACGUUGCAGUACAUUACAGAUAAUUGUCAACUGUAUGACAUUGAAUACAGUAAAAUACCAGCUGAUAAAUUGAAACACGAGCCUUUAAUGAUAUUAGCAGAGAGAACUUGCUAG